UGAGCAACAGAGGAGCGUCGGGAGCGAGCACGGAGCUGCGAGCACGGAGCUGCAUGGAUUUCCCGGAGCUCCACAGAACUUAAGUUCCAGAAUGCUGACAAGAGGAUGAAUCCUCCAGGUCGUCUGAGACAUCCACGUGUCUUUGCUGCUGUCCAUCCCCGACAGGCCUCCAGUCCCACUGGGGCACCAUCUGCCUCCCAACACUCCCCCUCCAGCGCCCAGCCCUCCCAGUAGGGCCGUCCCAGAGGGGAGGAAAGGCGAGCCGGCCCCCGUAAAUAUGCCUGGAUGGAGGUCUCAGUGGCGUCUCGUCCUGCUGAACUCCCUGACCUGUGGCCUGGAGAUCUGUGUGGCAGCUGGGAUCACAUACGUUCCCCCGCUGCUGCUGGAGGCCGGAGUGGAGGAGCGCUACAUGACCAUGGUGCUAGGUAUCGGCCCAGUGCUCGGCCUCUUGUUCAUCCCUCUGAUUGGCUCGGCAAGUGACCACUGCAACAGCAGUUAUGGCCGGAGGCGGCCUUUCAUCUGGCUGCUGUCUCUGGGAGUCCUCCUGGCUCUUCUCAUCAUCCCCAACGCUGACGUCCUGGCAGAGUUCUUUGCCUGGGGUGGCCGUACCUUGCAGGUGGGCUUCCUGAUCCUGGGUGUGGGGCUCCUGGACUUCUGUGGACAGGUGUGCUUCACUCCGUUGGAGGCUCUUCUGUCAGACCUGUACCGGGACGAGGAGGACCAAGCCUUCGCAAUGUUCUCCUUCAUGGUCAGUCUGGGAGGCUGCGUCGGUUAUCUGCUGCCUGCUCUGGACUGGAGUCGCGGUCUGCUCUCCGUUUACCUGGGAGGCCAGGCCGAGUGCCUCUUCUCCCUCCUCAUCCUCAUCUUCAUCUCCAGCGUGCUGAUCACCAUGAAGGUGUCGGAGGAACCCUCGUGCUCCAGCAACAGCUCGGCAGGAUCCGGAUCUUUACUGGAGUCAGGCUCCGGGCCGCUGGAGGCCGGCCGGUGCGGUGUUCCGCGCUCCUGCUGCUACCUGCUCAGGUGUAAGAUGAGGCUGCUGAAGUCUGGACCCCUGCUGUGCCUCCUGAGGACAUGCUGGUCCAUGACCCCGACCAUCUACAGGAGCUACUGCCACGUCCCACAGGUGAUGAGGCAGCUGUGCGUGGCUCAGCUCUGCAGCUGGAUGGCCAUCAUGUCCUUCAUGCUCUUCUACACAGACUUCGUGGGGGAAGGUCUGUACGAGGGCGUUCCCAGCGCUCCACCAGGAAGUCUGUCCAGGCAGAGAUAUGAUGAAGGAAUCCGUAUGGGCAGUCUGGGUCUGUUCCUGCAGUGUGCUACCUCAACCGUCUUCUCUCUGGUCAUGAGCCGUCUGGUUCGUCAAUUUGGGUCCCGGUGGGUCUACCUGAGCAGCAUGGUGAGCUUCACGGCCUCGGCUUUGGUCAUCUGCCUGUCCAAAAGCGUGGUCCUGGUCACUGUGAUGGCAGCUCUGACCGGCUAUGCGUACGCAACGCUCCAGACGCUGCCUUACACUCUGACCUGCCACUACCACAAGGAGAAGGAGGUCUACAUGCCAAAAAGGAUAACCAAAAGCAUCUAUAAAAAUGGUGUAACAGCCAAGCGAGACUCUGUGUAUCUGACUGCAGUAGAAGAGGAGGGAGGACUGAACCUCAACCCCUACCAGCAUGCCUUCUUCAGCCAGGACUAUGAGUUCAAUCCCAGCCCUCAGAACCAGAACGGUUCGUCUCACAGCUCCUCUGAGCCAGACGAGGCCGAGCUGGGCUACGAGAAACGUGGUGUUGGUCUGGACUUCGCCAUCUUAGACAGUACCUUCCUCCUGUCUCAGGUCUUCCCUACCCUCUUCAUGGGCAUGAUCGUUCAGUUCACUCAGUCCGUCACAGCCUACAUCGCCUGCUCUGCCAUCUUUGGAGCCGUCGCCAUCUACCUGGCCGGCCAGAUUGUCUUUGACCAGAAGGAGCUCAGAAGCUGAGAUGCAGAAGACGACAGUGAUGGAAUCAAUCAUUCAUUCAGGUUCCAGGGUGGAACUCAGCGAUGCACUACUGUUCCCAGAAUGCCUUGUGCCGGUCCCAUUGGUUUGCUUUUCUCAAAGCCUUUCUGUCGCUGUGGCACAUUCUGUGAACGUGACUAACAGACAUAAAGCCACUACAGGCGUGUUAUCUGCCAGUAACACGCGGUUUCCAUGUAACAGCAGCCGCCUGAAGAGUCCACAACACCUGAGUGCUCAGGUACGCUCCUACAGAUGACUAAACCUUUCUAGUGUGACGUUUCAGUCCAUGUUUCUCCUCAGGAAGAUUUACUGUAGAACUCAGCAGUGACUAACCUUUCUGUUUUUUUAUUAAUCUUAUGCUGAACUAUCCAGAGUUUUUAAAGCUGUUUGGGACUCAGAACAAACAUUUCAGCUCCGUUGGUUUGUGAUGCUUCAUCCUCUGGUCAGCAUCUUAUUUUAUUUCAGUUUUAAUUAAAGCCUUGACGUUCAUCGUCUGGUUUUUAAAAAUCCUCAGUCAGACUGGGAGAAGUACAGAACGGAUAAAUGACUGCAUUGUUUUAAUUUGUUCAGAAAAUAGAACCAUAGAGGGGACUGGUGGGAUGCUCUGUCCUCCAGGACAGAAAGAAAUAUAUAUACUGUGUGUGUGUCUAUAUAUAUAUAUAUAUCUCCAUCCAUUCAAUUUAUUCCUUUAUCGAGGUUUUCUGCAUGCAUUUUGGGUGUGUUGUGUUAAGGACAUCCGGACGCGCACACAAAUGAAGACUUGCAACAUUGGUUAUUACACACCCACCCACAUAUAAAUGGACAUUUUGCUGAAGGUGUUGAUAGUAUAGUGUGUAUGUAUGUAUAUAUAUAUAUAUAUAUACAGACAGAUACACACACACCGUAUAUAUAUAUUUCUUUCUAUCCUGGAGGACAGAGCAUCCCACCAGUCCCCUCUAUGGUUCUAUUUUCUGAACAAAUUAAAACAA